AUGGCUGGGAAGCAGAUUGCCGCCGCAUUGGAAGCCCUCAUUCAUGCGAUGGGGUUCUACGGCGGCCGCCAACGGCAGCCAAAGCGCAAGCGAACGCAGCGGAACAGGAAGAGCCUGCAGUGCUACAACUGCCAGCAGCUGGGGCAUAUUGCGCGCGAGUGCAAGAACGCCGCCGCGUGCUUGAAGUGCGCGGCGGCCCACGACACCCGCUGUUGCACGAAGCCUCGUGGGGUGGCCAGCAGCUGCGCGAACUGCGGCGGGCCACACGCCGCCAACUCGCGUAGCUGCGGCUACCUCAGAGAGUCGCGUCGUCUGCCCGCCGCACCACGCUCUGCGGCGGCGUCAAGCGCCACGACGGCCGCCCCGCCCCCCCCCCGCUCCGGUGAGGGGUGCGAGCCGCGCCGCCUUGAAGCCGCCACCGACCAUGCUAUGGCCGGCUUCCAAGCCGCCUUUGCGGCCGAAAGGGCCGCACUGAAGGAGGAGCUCGCAGCUGUGCAUCGCCAGCUCCAGCAGCUGCGCGAUGAGCUGCGAGCUAUCAAGAAGAAGCCGCCGGUUCCCGCCGCCGCCCCCCCCCCCCCCGCCCCCCCCACCCCCGUGAGUCGACCUGUGGGGGUCGAUGCGGCCACGCAGACAACCGCCGCUCCGCCCCCUACAACAAUGCAGGAGGCGGCGCCAAUGGAAACUGACGAUGUGCCGCCUGGGCUGCCCCCCUCCAAGGUGGCAGCAACAAGCUACGGCGCCUCCUGA